AAGAAAUGGGCUGGUAAGAGGGAAAAGCUGAAACUAAUCAAAGACCCUUUACUUGUCUUACUCUGGAGAUCGAGCGAGCUAGAGAGAAAGAGAGGCGGCCAUGGGAGCGUUUUGGGGAACUCGGGUGAUGGAAAUAGUGAAGAAGCACGAUUCAGGUGGUCUCAUUUGGAAGAGAAUCAAGCUUACCUCUACUCGUAAAGCCAAUGCCAAAACUCGCCUCCGUCGCGUUUGGCAGAAUGAGGCUGUUCUAAAGGCGUGCGGUACGUCAGAUGCAUCAGUUUCUCCGGGAGUUAGCAGCAACACAGAAACUUGUACCAGUGCUCUGAAAAAUAAUGAGUGAGUGAGGAGGAGGAGGACGAGAAGCUCCAAACAUGGUCGUUACCAAUAAUAAUAUUUGAACUUUUGUGGUGUUACUUGUUAGGUUAUAUUGGUUUUAAAACAUGUUGAAUCUGCAACAAGAAGAGACUGUGUUGUAAUUGUUGCUAUUUUGUUAUGUUACACUGAUGAGUUAAACACAGCCGGGGGCUAGUCAGUGGUUGCAGUUA